AAUGACGCAGACCUUUCUGUUUUUUCCAUCCAAAAGGUGAAAAAGGACAUUGGGGAUGUCUCCAUCCUGGUGAAUAAUGCUGGUGUCAUUACAGCUGCUGACCUGCUCUCGACUCAGGACCACCAAAUUGAAAGAAUGUUUGAUGUCAACAUCCUUGCUCAUAUGUGGACCACAAGAGCAUUUCUGCCAUCCAUGAUGAGCAACAACCAUGGUCACGUUGUCACGGUGGCUUCAGCAGCAGGUCAUUUUGUGACUUCUUUCAUGGUGGUUUAUUGCUCAAGCAAGUUUGCUGCGGUUGGAUUUCAUAAAGCUCUGACUGAGGAGCUGUCUACCCUUGGAAAGGAUGGAAUAAAAACUACAUGUCUUUGUCCAGUUUUCAUAAACACUGGAUUUGUCAAAAACCCCAGUACAAGGCUUGGAAAAAUUUUGGAGGUUGAAGAAGUUGUGGAGGCGCUGAUGGAGGGAAUACUGACCAACCAGAAGAUGGUUUUU